AUGCAACUGAUUUGCUGCGGGGCGCGCAUUUGUGCGGCUUGCGGAAUAUCAAAACUUCAACAAUUAUCCCAAUGUCCGUUCUGUGAGGAAUCUGGAAUACCUGAGGCCAGAGAUGAUAAAGGUUUCCGACGAGAACUUGAAGGUCUAUCAAUAAACUGUCCUAGAUGCAAUGAUCAAUCGUUUAGACUUUUCAAAGACUUGCCAACGCAUCUCAACGACAAACAUUGUGAUCUUGAUAAUGGACAAGUAGUACAAUCUGAACCAAUUCAGACAUCACAAAGUGGAUACAAACUAGCAAUUAGUUGUGGUAUAUUUGUUGAUGAACAGAAUAAAAAACGUUAUGUAUCAAUUUCAUUCAUAAUUCUUCCUGGAGAAUUUGAUCCAAUUUUAUCAUGGCCAUUUCGAUUUCCAGUCACAAUCAAGUAUGUUAAUUCUUUCAGCAUCGAAGAUCUACGAUCUUCAUUCGAUAAUAAAUAUAACAAAGAAAAUAAUGAAUCUAAUGAUUGCCAUCCGUUACAUAACGAUGUCAUAUUAGAUGUCUAUAAUUGUGAUUUAACAAUGAUUGUUAAACAUGAUUGUCUUCGUGGUAAAUCGAUGAUUGACAAUGGAUUAUGUUCGUUAUGGUCAGGUGUACGAGUAACAUAUGGAAUCAAUCAACGACGUGGAGCUUUUCAAAUAAAAAUUCUUCAUCAUUUACAUUCUUCUGAUUUAUUACAUAAUGGAAUUACAUAUGGGAUUCGAGUUGAUUGGUUAACCAAUGAGAGUGAUGAAUCAUUAUCUUAUGGAUAUGAAGAAACAGGAUAUUUAGUUGAUGAUAUAAUAACAUGUUAUGCAAAUUUUGAAAGUGAAUGUGGCAAUAUUUUAUUAUCUUUUGCUAAAAAUGAUUUAAAUAUUGAGUUAGAAUAUCGUAUAAAUUAUGAAGAUAUUCAUUCAGGUCGAUUAUUUUCUCAUAUAUUCAUUAAAAAUCUUUCAUUUCAAAUUAAUUUUGGUCAAUUAAAUACAAAAUAUUUUCUUCAAUCAAAUUUUCGUUUAAUAAAUGAUUAUGAUGAAGAUGAGAGAAUUCGAGGUAGAUUAGAUCCAUCAAGUAAACAAGAAUGUGAAAAUAAUAAUUGUGAUUGUUAUUAUAAAAUAAUUGAUCGAGCAACAAAAUGUCUUAAAAUAAUGUUUGAUUUAGCUUCAUCUCAAAAACGAAAUUUUAUAAUUGAUCAAACAAAUGUUUAUGGAAAUAAUCGUCGUCGUAAAAUGUCUUUAUUUUAUGGAUUCUAUCGAUGA